AUGCUCAUUAAACACAUCCUCUUCAACGUCUGUACCCUCACAACUCUCAUUCUCGCCGUCCCUACCACCCCGGAGUUCCCAUACCCCGUCCCCAGCACUAACAGCUUCCCGCAUCCCAAUAUCAAACAACUACACCACAUAGAAACAGCAGCCGACGGCCUCGUCAACACCACAAAUGCACCUCCUCACCCGAAACUAUCUCCCAAAGACAUCACAAACCUCCAACUUCUCGUAUUCAAUGAAUUCUUUGAAACCGCCUUCUUCAACUCCCUCUUACACAACAUCACCAACAACGUCACCGGAUAUGAAUACACAAAGAAAACCGAACUAGUGGCCAUUCUCAAAGACAUUCUAGCUCAAGAACAACUCCACGCCCUCAACGCCAUCUCCAUCCUCCAGGCCAACGACGCAUUCGUCCCCUCCCCCUGCAAAUACCAAUUCGGCUCAACGACCCUGCAACACGCCAUCAACUUCGCUCAGGUCUUCACCACAAUCUUCAUGGGCACUCUCCAAGAAAUAGCCGUCUCCUUCUCGAGAAGCAACCCCUCGCUAGUUCGCACCAUGGCCGCCAUGAUUGCAAAUGAAGCCGAGCAGGGCGGCUACUUUCGCCACGUGCUGGAGAAGAAGCCUUCUGCGCAUCCCUUCCCAACUACCUCGCUGCCGGAAUUUCUCUUCAGCGCAUUGAACAUUUACACCGUUACGGGGAGUUGCCCGUUCGCCGUGGACAAGAUUAACAUUACUGUCUUUCGGCCCUUUCAGUUAGAUGGAGUUGGAAUGAUUAAGCCGGAGGACCAGACGCUUAGCUUUACGACGGAUAUGGGGAGGGAUACUGCCGCCGCUAGGGGAAUGGGCUACGGCAGCAACGGUACAGGUUCGGGGUUGUUCAUUACUUAUUUGAAUGCGCAGUUGAAGCCGAUUUCUGAACCGGCCACGAAUCUGCGAUGGAAUGAUACGGUACUUACGGUUGACGCCAGAUUUCCGUAUAGUAAGUAUUUGAUGACAGGGUUGUCUUUGGCCGCUCUUACUACGAGAGGGGAUUUCUCUUCUGUGGACGCUGUUCCAGAGUUCACUUUGGCGGCGCCGGCGGUCAUGCAGGCUGAUCAUUAUCUCAACUCGGAGGAUAAGCUCGGUGGGUUAGAAUAG